GCUGACGGAGCAUUUAUGAGAUACUGCCCAGUUUGAGUUAACAGGGAUGCAGUUGAGAUAGCCACAGCCAACCACUGUUUCAGGGGGUCUCUGCGGAUUUGAAAGCACCAAAAGUCGGGACCAGUUCGCCGUUUAGCGCAAACUUUAGUGGAUUAAUUUAUUCUUUAAAAAAAAAUGGGGUUGGAACGAUUUCGCUCAAAGACGCCGGGAAUAGCAGCCCCUCUUGCCCGCACACUCCUUUGUAUCACCGGGGUUUUACUCACUUUCUCUCCGCCAGUCUGCGAGGCGUUCAACUUGGACGUGGAGAGCCCAGCUGUGUACAGCGGACCCAACGGGAGCUACUUCGGAUAUGCAGUGGAGUUUUACUUGACAGAUUCUAAGAGUGUGAGUGUGGUGGUAGGGGCUCCCAAGGCUAACACCAGCCAGUUCAACAUCACAGAGGGAGGAUCCGUCUUCUACUGCCCGUGGAGCCGCAGCCAGACAGAAUGUCACAGCAUUGAGUUUGAUACUGAAGGGGACCGCACCGUCUCACUCAAUGACACAAACCACCAGGCUGAAGUCAAAUCCCACCAAUGGUUCGGCGCCACUGUGCGUUCCCACGACGACACCAUUCUGGCCUGUGCCCCUCUCUACUCCUGGCGAACUAAAGACGACACCCCCCACUCGGAUGCUACAGGGACCUGCUACCUCUCAGUCAGUAACUUCACCAAAUUUGUGGAGUACGCUCCCUGUCGCACAGAGUUCAGAGAGGAGAAGGGACAGGGCUACUGUCAAGGAGGAUUCAGUGCUGAUUUCACCAAGGAUGGCAAAGUGGUAUUAGGAGGGCCAGGCAGCUACUACUGGCAAGGUCAGGUGAUCUCUGCCGCCAAGGACAAGAUAAUUAAAGCGUACUACCCGGGCUAUUUCAUGCAGUCUGUGGAGGGCCAGAUCCAGACCAGACAGGUCAGGACCGAAUUUGAUGACAGCUACCAAGGCUACUCUGUUGCAGUUGGGGAAUUCAGUGGUGAUGAGGUGGAAGAUUUUGUGGCUGGGGUUCCAAAAGGAGACAAGCUUUAUGGUUCGGUGUCUAUGUUGAAUGGUACUGAUCUGCAGUCCAUGAUGAAGUACACUGGUGAACAGAUGGGAUCGUAUUUUGGCUAUGCCGUGGCAACGACUGACAUUAACAAUGAUGGGAUGAUUGACCUGCUGGUGGGAGCCCCCAUGUUCAUGGUUCGGGGCUCUGACGCCCGUCUGGAAGAAAUGGGCCGGGUCUAUGUUUACCUGCAGCGUGGCCCCCUAGACCUGGAGCCCCGCCUACCUCACCUGACAGGCACCCAAAUGUUUGGGAGAUUCGGCAGCACCAUUGCACCUUUGGGAGAUCUGAACCAGGAUGGGUUCAAUGAUGUGGCCAUCAGCUGUCCGUUUGGAGGGGACGAUCGUCAGGGAUUAGUCUACAUUUAUAAUGGCAACUCAGCAGGACUCAGGGACACGCCGUCUCAGGUGAUCACUGGACAAUGGGCUGCUGGGACCAUGCCUGCCAGCUUUGGAUUUGCUCUCCGAGGCGCUAAGGAUCUUGACAUGAACGGAUACCCAGAUCUUAUUGUCGGUGCCUUUGGUGUUGACAAGGCCAUUCUCUACAGAUCCCGUCCAAUAGUCAAUACCAGUGCCUCCUUGACAAUUUCUCCCACCAUGAUCAACCCUGAGGAGAAGCUCUGCACAGUCACUAAUGGCAACACCAGCAUUCCUGUGUCCUGCGUCAACCUGAGUUUCUGCAUCUCUGCUGAUGGGAAGCAUCUACCAGCCCACUUAGACUUCCAGGUGGAGGUACAGCUGGAUAGCCAUAAGCACAAGCAGAAAGGUGCAGUGAAGCGGGCUCUGUUCUUGGAUUCCCAGCAGGCCUUGCUCCAGAAGAAUGUGGCAGUGAAACAUGGCGAUCGCGUGUGUCACCAAACCAAGAUCUUCCUAAGAGAAGAGAAGGAGUUCAGGGACAAGCUCUCCUCCAUUUUUGUGGCCUUGAACUUCAGCCUGGAUCCAAAUGCUGCCGCUGACUUGCAUGGCCUGCGGCCCAUUCUCAACUAUCAGACCACCACCAUCAUUGAGCAGAAGGCCCAGAUUCUGCUUGACUGCGGAGAGGACAACAUCUGUGUUCCUGACUUGAAGCUGGCGGUUCACGGGGACAGGAAGGAAGUCUACCUAGGUGAUGACAACUCGCUGACCUUGACUUUCAACGCCAGAAAUGAGGGGGGAGGGGCAUACGAGGCAGAGCUGUACGUGGUGCUGCCUCAUGAAGCAGACUACAGCGGCAUAGCCCGCAAUAAUGAGAGCCUGACCCAGCUGACCUGCAGCUACGAGACAGAGAACCAGACCCGCUACCUCAGCUGUGAUUUGGGCAACCCUAUGAAGUCGGGCACCAGCCUGUGGGCAGGCCUGCGCUUCACAGUGCCACGCCUCAAGGACACACACAAGACCGUUCAGUUUGACCUGCAGAUUCGCAGUAAAAAUGAGAAUAAUUCCCACAGUGAGGUUAUCCCCUACAAGCUGGAGGUGGUUGUCCAAGCUGAUGUUAUUCUACAAGGCGUGUCCCGGCCUGAUAAGGUCUUCUUCCCACCAGCCAACUGGAAGAUGACCAAAAGCUAUCAGGUGGAGCAGGACAUUGGCCCUGCAGUGGAGCACAUCUUUGAGCUGGUGAAUAACGGGCCCAGUCGGAUUAGCCACACCCUCCUUCAGCUGCGCUGCCCCCUCAGAGUCCAGGGUCAGUCUCUCCUUUAUCCCCUGGAGUUCUCCACUGAAGGCCCCCUCAACUGCACCGCCAACCGCACCAUGAACCAUCUCCACCUCAAACUCCAGCAGACCUCCACAGAGCUUCCGCCUAUUCUGGCACUGAAGGCCCAUGAGCACCAUGUCGAGAGGAGGGAGGUCCACCGAGACCAGCUUGCCCAUUUGACCAACCUGUCCUGCUCUAAUGUUGAGUGCUGGACGCUCCAGUGUAAUGUGGGUCUCCUUGAGAAAGGGACUACUGCCAUUGUGAAAGUGCGCUCCCGCGUCUGGGCUGAGACCUUCAUUGAGAGAUCCUAUAAGCAUUACAUGCUGGAGUGCCUGGCCAGAUACAGCGUGAUGAAGAUGCCUUAUGCCAUCUUACCCAAGCAUUCUCCUAGUGGACACAAAAAGGUGGUGACUCCGGUGGUCUGGAACAAGCCAGACAUCGACAACUCGGUUCCUCUGUGGAUCAUCAUCCUGGCCAUUCUGGCUGGACUGCUGCUUUUGGCUCUUCUCAUCUACAUCCUCUACAAGCUUGGCUUCUUCAAGCGAUCUCUACCUUAUGGCACUGCCAUGGAGAAAGCGCAACUGAAACCACAGGCUGCCUCCGAGGCCUAACCAACCACCAGAGCUACCAGAAGCACAGAGCCACUGGCCGUAUGAUUGCAAUAGAGAAACACGACGGAACGUCUAGAGCGGAUCAGACUACGGUUGAAGAGUUUAGGAGGAGGAAAGACCACUGGAUCUCCACUGUGCUGCACUAGAAGA